AUGGAGGAACACGCUUGUUGUGUUCGUAUGUUGUCUUGACCUCGAUCAUCCACACAAUUUAAGGAGAAGAUCUGAUGAUCAAGCUGCAAAUUUGUACGCGCUACCCUUCGGAGGGUCUUUCUUCCCGUGGGUGUUGAUGCAGCUAGAUUGGCAUUCUCCCAGUCCAACUGCACAUGGAGUUUUACACAAAGCAGAAUACUUCAUAUCUGAGAUUUCUGCGCUUCCAUACUUUCCAUGCGUACACAUCGCACCAUCUUUUCUGCAAACCAAUUCUUUGGAGAUCAGAUUGACCUGCAGAUCUUUUAGCUUGUCCACUCGAGUGCAAGAAGUGUCAUGGCCAGCACUCACAUGCACACAAGUUGUGACACUGCAUCGAGAAGUUAAUUAUCGUCGGGUGAGUAGGUCUUUCGGAUCGAGGAGGGGGCGCCCUGUAGCCAAGGUGACAUUGCGCUCGCGCAUGCCAAGCAGCAAUAGUUUCUUACUCUGAGAGAGUGGAGGAGAGAAUGGAAGGUGCAAGUGCGUCCAAUGUCAGUCACGCUGCUGAUACACGGGUGAUGGACUCCGCGGACGAGGAACCAGUGACGUGUUACUUGAGCGAGACAGACGAGGAACCCGAGACGUCUGACGUGAGCGAGACAGACGAGGAAAGGGAGCUUCCCUCCGCUGUCCAGGACCUUUUACUGCGUCUGGAAGGAGAAGGCGCGCCUAUUACGACGCUUCCCCAUUCAAGGAACAAAGAUUUUCGGAAAUUCUUCCCGAAGAUUGCAUCGCUCUCGACGAUGACAGGGUGGCGAAGCCAAGUGCGCCUUCGAGUACUGGAGGCAAUCGGCAACUGCAACACCUUUGAGAGCCUAGAUGUGGAUAUAAUUUGUGGUGGAGAUAUAUCGAGGUUGACGGAAAGUGAGUGGGAGGUUGUGUUCAGAGGAUUUAAAUCUAGCACCGUUCUAGAAACCAUAUCCCUUUGGGAUUUGGAAUGGAGUUCAGAUGCGGAAGUGGAGAGCUUGUGUUCACAGAUAGGGAGAAUGCUGAAUUCCUCUAGCGUAAAAAAAUUGCGUAUAGUAGGUACCAAUUUGAGUGCCAGAUGUUGGUUGAAUCUCGCCUCAGGACUGCGAGGAAAUCCCGAUUCUAAACUCCAGUCUUUAGAUUUAUAUUGCGCGUGGGAGGACUCGAGUGCGGUGAAGCAUGUGGCUGACAUCAUCAACAGUGCUACUCGAUUAGAAACGUUGAGGUUACGCUCUAUAGGAGACAUGGAAGAGGAGACCGUUGGAAUUCUGUCCCAGGCUUUGAUCCAGAGCUCGUCGUUAAAAGUAUUGGCAUUAAAUAGAGUGAAGUGGGGAGAGGCCUUGUUGCUGAACGCUUUGGCCCGAGAUGAUGGCAACCGAUCCAUUGAACGUCUUGAGCUGGAGCGUAUGGAUGGACUCGGAGGCUGUUUAAGGGAAGUUCUUACUUCCAACCCAUCAUUGAAGGAAGUGGUGUUGGACAACUUGCGGAUGAGUUCUGAGGAAUGGCACCGGCUCGGCGAAUUCAUACGUGACAAUGCUACAGCAACAAACACUAGAGUUGAGGUUUCUGAUUUUGGAGAUGAAAGGGAGUCAAUAGAAGCUCUUGCGUGUGCUGCUAGCUCCGAUGUCAAGGACCCCACAGUGGAGCUUGUACUCAGUUUUUUGGAUGAGGAAGAGUUGAUGUUAUCACUAAACCUAUUAGGGAGGGUACUGCGAGGUGAAAUCAAAUCUCUGAAAUCUUUCAGUAUAUCACAGGAUAUGACUUUCUUGCCUAAUCUUGGCUUUCUAUUUACCAACCAAGGUAGACCGGAAAGUUUCCUGUCGACGAAUGAAAAAACUGGAGAAACUUCCGUCCUGCAUAGACUCAGAUUAUAUGUUUACAACCAAGAUGUUUGGAAGGAAGUAUGGAAGGACCUCGUGGGGUGGUUGCAAGGGAACACAAGUCUCACUCACUUGGAUUUGUCUGGCAACACACUCCACGAAGAGGCGUUCAGGGAGAUGAUGGGGGUACUGCAAGUCAACUUGACGCUCCAAGAAAUAGAUGUCUCAAACACAACAUGGGCAACGGACGGAAAGGCGGCGUUGAUACAAGAGUCCCUCCAGCAGAACCAAAAACGGGCCGUCUACAGGACCGUGUUCACAGAAGCCGGAUUAGCAUUAGGAGAUGCAAAAGCUGGUCGACUCUUUUUAUGCGGCUCUCCUCUAGCAGGCAAGACUCAAUUGCGUAACACCUUGAUGAAGAUAGUUCAAGGUGAAAGUUGGCUACGAAACAAAUUGUCCAAUUUGAGAACUACAGGAAUAGAAGUGGAGUUCUUGGAGUACUUGCAACACAAUGAGAGAAGGCAAAUUUCAAUUUGGGAUCUUGCCGGACAAGAAAUUUUUCGUACCCUUCAAAAUGUGCUCUUCCCUCGCACCAGCAAUUUUUUUCUUUUUUUAUUUGUGUAUAACCCUUUUUGUGAGAAAACAUCUUCAAACAAAGAGGAUUCUUGUUUUCAGACUGAGUUGGAGGAUUGGAUGAGUUUUAUCUCAUCCAACAUUAAGGUUGAUGGACAUAAUCGACCACAAGUUCUUGUUGUGAUUUCACACAAGGAUAAAUCAAAAAUUAUCAGUGUGACUUGGGCUGAGUCCAUAGUAAACAAGCUCUCUAAACCAUUUGCAGAAUAUGUGGAUAUCCAUCCGAUUCAAGAGUGUUUUCAUGUGAACGCGAGGAAGAAGAAGCAAGUUAUUCCUCUCAAGAAUCAUAUCUUUGAAAUCUUCACCAAGUUGUGGAGUGAAAAAUUUCCACAAGUUCCCACAUUGUGUUCUCAGCUCUCUUCUCGUUUGGUUACAAACACCAAGAAGAACAGGAAUUGUCCUCUUUGGCGAAUCCAAAAUUUUCAUAAGUUCUGUGCCCCCACCUUCAAAGAGUUUAUUCCAUCAUACUUUGUUCAUACCGAUGAUCCAUCAUCUUCUGUUCACACCGAUGAUCAUUCAAGGAUAACAAAUUCAAUGAUAUCGUAUUUGAAUGACAUUGGAUCCAUCGUUCAUAUCCCCAAGCUUGAUUACAUCAUAGUGGAUCCCAAUUGGUUGACCAAUACAUUAUUGGGUAAGCUAGUAGCUCUGGGUCAAAACUUUCAAGCUCAAAAAACAGGGUGUUGUAGAAAUAAUUCAUACACUCAGGGUGGAUUUGUGAGUGACAGUGUCUUUACUGGGUUGAUAAAGGAGUUUCUGCGAAAGCAACCUCAGAGACAGAGAGGUGUGAACAAAGAGGCGAUUGAAGGGAUCCUUAUCAGUUUGGAUUUGUGUUUCAAGGAGGAAGAUACUUCUCAGUAUUUCAUUCCCUCUUUCAUACCUGAGAAUGCAAGCAUGGAAGAACAAAAGCUGGCUUGGGGAAACAGGAAUAUGAAGUCAGAGUUUGUGGGCAUCCGGAUUCAGUGCAAAGAUGAAAGAACAAUGUCACUAACUGCUGCUUUUUUUCCAUGCUUCCAGGUGACAUGUUCGUGAGACGACAGUUGAUAUUGGAGGGGCGUGUUUCCAAAAACAAUAUUACAUGCUCUCGACAUUAUUUGGAAGUCUUCCUUGAUGGGCACCAGAUAUAUCUGGAGUAAAGAAUGUCCCGCAAAUACGUGGAUGUGCUGAUGUUAUGCUCGGAUUGUAAGUCAAGGGAGAUGGCUAUUAAAACUAUGAUGAAGCAUAUCGUCCAGGAGUUGAUAUCCUUUUGCGCAUCAUCCAAGGGCUGUCCCGGGGUGGCGUUAGUGUUAGGUGUGAUCCAAACACGUUGCGUAGAUAUGCUGAUUCCAAGUCAUCUCAGAGGAGUCAUUUUGAUAGAGAAGCUCAAAUCAAACUUUAUUCGUGACAUCAGUGAAAAACUUCAGAAUUUUCCCUUGGUGAAGGAGGAAGACUUGUUUAGCUAUGAGCACUCUUGGGAUGCGAUUGAAGGGCACACAGGGGUAAUUUCCGAAAGAGCUAGGGAUUUGUUGUGGGAGAGCGAUGUGGAAGCGGUUGUGGAUAAGAUCCGACAGGAGCGAAUGCAACAAUUGGAGUCACUGGAGCAAGGUUUAAUCGAAGUGAAGAAUGAUUUGAUACAUUCUAACCCUGAAGAUGAGAACAUGGUUACGAAUUCAAAUUAUUCUGAUAUGAAAGACUCCAAUCAACCUUCAUCCAGUAGGUUAAGACGGACGAGCACAAGUGUGGGAAACCGUGAAACCCGACUUGUUUUGGACAGUCUUCAUUGGGUAGCAAAAGAUCUAGGACAGAAGGUUGGGGGUGUAAAACAAAAGGUUGAUGGUGUUGAUGAGAGGUUGAGAUUAGGUUUGGAGAGAUUGGAGAAGAAAAUGGGAGAGAUACUCUCAUUGCAACAAGAAUUGCAGUCAAAGUUGAGUGAAUUCAUGUCUAAAGUGGACAAGUUCAUUCAGUAUUCUCAUUCGCUUCAGGAGGCGAAAACACCCAAGCGACCUUACGUUACGGACGAUGUUGGUCUUUUCUAUAGGGUGAGUGCUGUUUUGCAUGUCGGGACAACGGUUCGAUUACACUUGAUGUGUGAGUCUGCGUAUGGGUUUCACCGUCUCAAAGAUCAAGAAGGUUUGAAGAUACGCUUGGAUCGGAAAAACUGCGAGUGGAUUCGGAAAACUAUUGAAAUCUCAUUCAAACUCAUAUAUUAUGCUGCAAAGGCUGGACUGGAUGCGACCUUGGGGGUAGGACAAGCGAUUCCAGAGUGGGGAGAUUUGAAAUCUGAUAUUGUUAAACUAGAUGGCAUUAGCGAUCGUGAUCGUAGUGCAGUUUUAAAAGGUGGAGAAAGCAAGGAGCUGAAAGAAGCAUGGCUGAGGAUUCAGCAAACUCUUGCGCCACAUCUUCAAGAUAGCUAUUCGUCAAUCUUCAAGUUGUAUAAGGUGAAAUUCGUGAGACUAGAAUUAGGUGGGCAUGCAUGGGUCUGCGAGGAGUGCAUGGAUAAAGGUCGUCGUUCUGGCA